GUGGUUAAGACGGUCAGAGAGUUUCCUGACUAGCAAAAGUUCAAUGACCCAUUUGACAAAACAUGCAGUUUACAACUAGAGGCUACGCCAGCAAUGAAAUGAUUAUGAAUCAUCAAAUUACGUUCUCGAUUUUUAUCAGUGCGAGAGAGAAAAGGGAACUCGGGACUCAUUCCUGUAACGUCGGCAGUGAGACGUACUCGACAGUCAAGUUUUCGCGCAGUUGGUCACUUUUAUACCUCCAUGGUCGUAUGGAGUCCGACAUAAGUCGGUAUCAAAUAUAAUCUACACCACUCCAUCAUGCAAUCUUUGAUUUGAAUGAAAGCGACAAUUUUGGAGGUGAAGUUGGAGUCAAACUUAAUUUCGAACCUGCAAUGAUAGAACCAAACGAGACCAUAAUAAACGGUAACUCGGAUAAUUACCAAAAUGACACCACCGCCACUAUUGUUGCUACCAUGGGUAUCUGCUUCGCCUUGCUUGCUCUGCUCAAGUACUAUCUUGUCGGAGGCGUUUGCAAGAGUAAUUGUGAUAUGACCAACAAGAUAGUCAUCAUCACCGGUGCUAACUCUGGCAUAGGAAAAGCAACGGCUCUCGAUUUAGCGCGUCGCAACGCGCGAGUAAUCCUCGCGUGUCGUGACGUCACUAAGGGGAAACGUGCUAUGGAGGAAAUCAAGAGCAAGACAAGGAAUGGUCAACUGAUAGUGAAGUCUUUGGAUUUAGGCUCGUUCAAGUCGAUUCGUCGAUUUUGUAAAGAAAUUAACAAGGAAUUUACACAGUUAGAUGUUCUCAUUAACAACGCUGGUAUAUUUUUUCAUCCUUUUUCUAAAACAGAAGAUGGAUUUGAGUCACAUUUCGGUGUCAAUCAUCUUGGCCAUUUCCUUCUGACCAACUUACUCCUCGAUCUCCUGAAGCAAUCAGCUCCAAGUCGAAUCGUCAUAGUUUCAUCUCUCGUACAUGCCUUCAGCUCUAUUGAUUUUAAUAAUUUGAAUUCAGAAAAGGGUUAUAAUCGAAUGACCGCAUACAACCGAAGUAAGCUCGCAAAUGUGUACCUAGCGAAUGAGUUGCGAGAACGUCUACAGGACUCUGGUGUUACGGUAUGUUCGCUAAAUCCUGGUGGAGUUAACACCAUGAUCGUUCGUCGACUUUUUACGGAUUGGGUGUACCGCCUCGUGUGGCCUUUUCUUUGGUUUCUUCUCAAGUCGCCUAUGCAAGGAGCACAGACAUCUAUUUAUUGCGCUGUAUCAAAGGAUCUCGACAAAUCACAUGGUGGAUAUUUUAGCGAUUGCAUUAUGAAACCGGUUGGGAAGACUGCACAGGAUAAUGGUGUUAGAAAAAAGUUAUGGGAGGUCAGCGAAAGGUUUGUUGGGCUCAACUAAAAAGUAACAUCAAAAUUAUUUAAGUAUGUUGAUUAGUUCAAAUAAGUAUGAAAGUGGCAGUCUCGCACGUUUACGUAAUAGUCACGCGUAUUUCAACAGUUAUCAGACACCUAAGGGACAUGAGGGUCUGUUCAAACUUGAGUAAUUUAAACGCGUUUUGUUUUUUGCUCUUCAGCGCGUCUAAAUUACAGGACCGUGGUUCAACGUGAACCAAGCACACGUUGCAUUAUGAUAAAUAGUUUAAGAUUCCAGGCUAUUUACAUUUUAACUGGAUGAUUUAAUGACGUAGACACACAUUAGACCGCCACUUUCAUCAAAUUGAUUUAAUUAAUCAAUCUUAUAUUUUUCCAGCUAUCUAACGUCAAUUGUUAUUUAAUAAUAGUUUGUCUUUUUCUUUUAAUUUUGUUGUUUUUAUUCGUUUGAAAUUCCUCCGAUCGAGACCAAAUUAGUCUACGCUUUAACUGUUUUCGUUAUCCAAUAAAUCAAACGGGUUAAUUUUGUAAAAUCAUAUUAUAUAGCGUAAUUUAAAACUAUUUACAGUAUAUUCAAAAUAGCAUAAAUCUAAAUACUGUGUAACCAGGCCUAUGUGAUGUACGGUACUGUAUACCAGCACAUCUUAGUUCACUUGAUACACCUGAGAUUAAUAGCUUCCGACUUGCUUCGUUUGUAGAGGGCUUUGGGUAACUGUAUUUACUGUAUUGUCUCCUGUGGUUUGUUGGUAAAGGCACCCACCUUCCAAUCCCAACAUUCUGGGUUCAAUCCUGACAAUGUCACAAUUUGUCUAUAAAAUAUUGUAAAUAAAAUUCCACAGGUUUUAUAUAGGCCUAACCCUAUUAGUACCGUUUCACUCGCUUCGUAUACUUUAGACAAGUAGUUAAACUAUGACGUAAUUGUCAUUAAAACUUUAAAUUAUUGAAGAAAUAGUAUGCAUAGCCAAGGUAUACAGGCCUAUGUUCUAUUGUAAUGUUGUAUUACCGUAACAAACUUGUCGAUAAUAAUAAUGAUAAUAAAUAUAAAAUACUAAUAAUUAUUAUUACAGUAUUAUUAUUAUUACAGUGUAUUUAUAUUUUAUUAUUAUUAUUGUUAUUAUUCUCAUCAUCGUCAUUGUUAUCAUUUUUUCAAAUAAAUUCCACGUUGUUAUCUUAUGCUCAACUGACGUCAUCAGAUACAUCUCACUUAACCCGAUUCGGUAACACGUUGACCGUGUUUUCCUCUUCUGAAUUCCAUAAACCUAUUUAUACUGUUAAGUAAACUAAUUUAAAUAACGAAAUACUGUACAAUGUAGGCCUAUUUAUAUACUGUAAUAUAGUAAGCAUAUCAAAAUUUAGCGUCAUAUAGAAUGUACCGGCCUAUUUUUUUGUCGGUUGUUCUUGCUAGCUGUUUUGAAAAGUGAUUGAGGCAAUUUGUGAAACAGUCAAUUAACUGGCAUGAGUGCACUAAUUGUACUGAAUAAUGAGUAGUAGAAAUACGUAUAGACUCUUCUGUAUUAGGUUACUGUACAUUUAUUUGUAUCAAAUAUUGUAAGUAGGCCUAGGUCUACCCUUCCUGUAGGCCUACUUAUACUUAUAAAGUUUAAUUUAUUGUUGUAAACGUGACAAAUUUUAGCUCUUUUCUUACACCACCAUCUUAAAUGUGAACUGUAGAUUUGGUUAAAAAUUAACCUUCACGGUGGUUUUGUUUUGCAUAAUAUGCCAUAUGUUUAAUUGCGAAUAACGAGUCGGUUGUCACUUUGUGACAUUUUCAACGACCGCAUUAAUUCAACACCAUAUUGAACGUAUUGUACUUUUUGAGAUUUAACAUUGUAAUAAGAACUUAAUUGCGAUGAUACUGAAGUGGUGCAAUGAUACUGAAGUGGUGCAGCGAUAAUGACGCCUGUGGGUUUGCGGGAGUAAACUUCCAAGAAACAUGUGCAGUAAUAUUUGGUUUUACAUAAUGUAUGUCGUUUGAUGUUCUAUCAAGCCUGUACUCUCUAUUGAAUAGACAUUUUGUUUAACAUUUAAAUUAUAAUAAACCUUCGAUUAUAUUUUAGGAUCCAUAUUGAAACAAGUAGAAGUCCCUGUUUAGGGAUGUCCUUUUAAUUAGGAUAAAAUUCUGUCAUGUUUGCCUAAUAACUAAAUGAAUUUAACAAAUCAAUUAAUGCUAACGCAUAAUAUAUACUGAGGUUUACGGGUACCGUGCUGACGUUUCAUUCAUGUCCAAAAAAAUGAAGGAAACCUUGAGAAAACUAUGACAUACGACAAUUGACGGCUUGUAUUGAGUUUUCUUUCCUAUCACGACCCACAUACUCCAUUGUGAUUAUCUCGCUGUCGUAAUGAUAACGUAACCAGACGAAACAGAUUCAUUCGUUAUAAAGGUGGAAAGGAUGAUGCUACCAUUUUAGGCCAAUGGGAUCAACGUGCUUAUUAUUUAAAGGAAUUUUUUUUUUGAAAAACAUAUUGACUGCUCAACUGCUAGCUUUCAGUACUAAUUUUCAGACUGGUUGAAAAUGUAAAAUUUAAGACGAGCAAUACCGACAAUUAGAUAGUUGGAGAUAGACAAAAAAAAAAAAAAAAAAAAAAGGGGGAAAAAAAAAAAAAAAAAAAAAAAAAAAAAAAAAAAAAACAGGCAAUAGACAAAUCUGACUUGAGAUACAAGUUUGUUAAACAAACUGUUAAUGAUAGUCUAAAGGUGUGCAUGUUUAUAGCAUUGAUCAGUGGAUUUUAAAGUGGAAUAUGAUGUCUAAAAGGGUGCAUUACAAAAUGGUGCUAUGCCGUCACUGGUGACGAUGUUAUAUUUAUUAUGUUCUAGUAUAAAGAGAUAUAGGCCUAAUCUCCAUGGUUUGUCGGCCAUGAUAAUAUAAGGUGGUGUUACGUUCGUAUGAUUUUCGGUCUACCGCAUGUCCGUAGGUCUAUUGGUUUUAAACGCCGACCCACACGACAGAUAUAUGUUGUAAGCCCAUGGCGAAGCCACUCGCUGCGGAUAUGGGAUGGAUCGAAUUGACUGAUGUACAACCACCAGUUUAUGCUUUAUUUUGUAGGAUUACUUUUAUUCGCAAUGACUUGCUGCCUAUCUUAGCAUUGGAAAACUGAACAUUUUCUAAUAAAUAUGUAUUGCUAUUGAUUAUUUAUAAGUUAUUUUAAAAAUCCAAGUUUUUCUAUGAAGAAGUUAUUUUCUUGCAUCAUUUAUUGAAGUUAAUGAUGAUUCUUAAUGCUAUAAAAAAAGGCUUUAACAGAACGAAAUGUUAUAUUACAGAGUGCACACUUUGCUUCUUCAAGUAACAACUCACUGUCUGUUGUUUGCUGUUAAUGAAUCAAACCGGUUUGAUAGGCAUAUUAGUGAAUCAAACUCUAUAUAAUAUUACAUCAUUCAUAAAUUUUACUAAGUUCGGUCUACCUCAGUAAUGAAUGAAAUAAACAACGCAUUACAAUAUUGACUAGAUUUAAUAAUUUUUUAAUUAUUACAAUAUUUUAAUUAUUUUUGUUAAAACAAAUUCAAAAUACAGUAAGAUUCCAUGUGUGUGUGUGGUUUUUCAGCCAUGUUAUAACGUGCUGUACAUUGACACGUGUACCGGCUUUUUAAAGAGUUCAUAAUUUUACAUAGAAAAUACACAAAGGAUAUGACUAGGAUCCUGUGCAGGCCAACUUCCCUUCUUCGUUCAUUAAGCAUAUUAACUGAAUGUCUAGGUGGGGGUCAUACAGGUGAACAUGCAGUCAGAAUUAUCUUAAAUCAAGCAUGGUUUCUGUUUGUGUUGCUAAAAUGGAAAAGUGAUAUUACGAACUGAAAAUACUGUACCGGUAUGUGUUUUGUGACGUUUGUUGAUGUAUCAAUUUUGGAAAUGUGUUGACAUGAACGUAGUCUAAUAUUAACAAUAAAAUAUAUACAUACGAUAUAUAAAA